GCUGUGCUCGAAAAUGCUCUCUGCUGGAAACAGCGUAUCGGCCCCAGGCCGAGGAUCGUCGACCCCGUUUUUGACCGAAGAUGCAAGUUACAAAGUUGUCCUCCCGCGUCUACCAACCGGUAACGACGUUUUGAAUUCUAUCUUCCUUCAUGCGGACUUGAGUGGCAGACCAUACCGUGCUCCUGACUUCCGAGAUGCUCUGCUUGAGGUAGUGAAUACUUCAGAUAUUGUAGGUGUCGGACAGUAUCAAAUGAGCCAUGUAUGGAUGGUUACUUGCGCUAGCAGUGCGGCAAAACAAACUCUCGUCGCUUGUGGUGAGCUCCGUGUCAAAGGGCUGAAGUGCAUGGUGAUAGAUCCGGAGACUAAAAACAUCAAGCUUAAAUUACUAUGGCUUCCACCUCACCUUGAACCACGACGCGUUGAAGAGGCGUUCCAGAGAUAUGGUCAGGUGAAGUCGGUGGAGAGAGAAGUAUGGAGGUGCACUGGUAUGGAACAGUGGGUGACAACAAACCGGGAGGUUUCCUUGGUGCUCAAGGACACUAUCACCGUAAGCUCAAUACCGCACAUUAUGUCCAUUUAUGGACACCAGUGCCUCGUACUUAUCCCCGGUAGGCCUCCGCUGUGCCUUCGUUGCAAGCGUGUGGGACACGUUCGUCGACAAUGCAGAACACCGAGAUGCUUACAGUGCCACCGAUUUGGUCACUCAGCGGACGCCUGCGUGUCCACAUACGCCAAUAAGCUUCGUUCUGGGCAAUAUAACGCAGACGAGCCACAACUGGACCAUCUCAUGGAUUCUACAGAGGUAGUAGAUGCCACCGGAGAGACUACAGGUGGCAUUAGGGACGAAGACCAGGAGUCCUUGAAGCCAACGCCAAGCAGUCACACCAGCCCAAGUAAUACUAGCGAGGCUACAGGCGAGGAUGACUCAGUUUGCCCACCUGGCCUAGCAAGCCUUAAAGAAAAGCCCCCUGAUGACAAGGAAAAUGAAGCCUCGCAGUACAAGAAAAAAUUCGUGCUUCUCCGGGAUUUGAACCCGGAACCAACGUCGCUCUGUGGCGGUCGCUCCACCAUCUCUGCUAAACAGGAGGCUAGCAGCUCGCAGAGCAAGGUGUGA